GAGUGUGCACGUCGUACACAACAUUGCUCUAGCGAAGCAAAACCACUCAGGAUAGCCAGGAUAGUACCUGAUUUUUUGUGGAUGAUACAUGUGUAACACCGCCGUACGAUCCGUGCCGUCCUAACUGUAUUAUGGCGCGGAUGUGUAAUUUGUCAUAAUGGCAGUGGUGUGUAUAGGUUAUGUGUUCAGUUUCUCUUUGUGAGUGAAGCUGUGAAUAUUAAUUGGUUUGAACGUUCUUAAAAUUCCUGAAAUAUAAGAUAGGGACAUCUAUAAGCACUGUGUAACUAUAGGCGGUAAAAGGAAAUUGAAGUUUUAAUAACAAGGUUGUUAAAGAUGGAUGUGGCACAAGGAAGAAACUCAGUUUUAGCCAUGGAAAACUCACCACAGAAGCUAUGGGAAAACAAAAGGUGUGAUGAUGCGGCUGAAAAUGAAGAAAAGGAGCAAAACUCACGCUGCACAGAAGGAUAUAUAUUCAGUCAGCGAAGCAAAAAACUAUGCAGAAAGUGAUAAUAUUGGUAAGAAGUGGUACAAUGUGUUUCAAGAUGAGGAGGGAGAAUCCCCACAGCUGUCAAAGGAUCAGAUUGAUAGAUUAAAAUCUGAAGCUCAUAAUCUUCUGGAACAAGAAGCUGCAUCUUACAAUAGCAAAAUCUCAAAGAGGUCCAUGAAGUCAGAUUACAACUGGAUCCGCACCAUCAUGAAUAAAGGAACAGUUGCAGAUAGAGUUGCUGCUCAUACUAUUGCCAUUCAAGACUCUCCAAUCCACACACUUUCCUUGCUUCAGAAUCUUGUCAGUAUGGUUAAAGUUAUUAAGAAGAAGGAGUGUACUAUGGUUCUAGAUACCCUGACAGAGCUCUUCCUAUCUGAUCUCUUACGACCAGAUCAGAAACUUAGAGAAUUUGAGAAAUGCCCUCUCUCACUCCUAGACAAAUACAGUUCUGGUAACCAUGUGAGCAGGAAGUCACGUCUCAUGCACUGGUACUAUGAAGAUCGACUGAAGAAAUUGUAUUACAGUUUUGUCCUAGCACUGAAUACCGCAGCACAAGACUCAGUGGAACGGAACAAGGAGAAAGCACUAACAGCUAUGUAUAAGCUUCUCGCUGGAAAUCCUGAACAAGAAGCACUGCUUCUUAGAAAUCUUGUUAACAAGCUUGGUGAUCCAAGCCAAAAGGUUGCAUCCAAAGCCAUCUACAGUCUGAUCCAGUUGUUGCAGGUUCACCCUAACAUGAAAUUUGUAGUUAUGGAAGAAACUGAGAAAUUACUCUUCAGACCCAACAUUAGCCAUAAAGCUCAGUACUAUGGGAUAUGCUUCCUGUCACAGUUCCUGUUGUCUAAUGAUGAAGCUGAACUGGCCAGGAGUCUCAUUCAUAUCUACUUUUCCUUCUUUAGAGCAUGUGUGAAAAAGGGUGAAGUGGAUUCCCGAUUGAUGACUGCUCUGCUGACAGGGGUGAACAGAGCAUACCCAUAUGCAAAACAAGAGAUGGAGAAGAUGUUGGAGCACAUAGACACUAUGUACAAAGUGGUACAUUAUGCAAGUUUCAAUGUGAGCUUAUAUACUCUGUCAUUGCUGUUCCAAGUAGCAGACUUCGCAAACUCUGUUUCUGACAGAUUCUACUCUGCCCUCUACAAGAAGCUGCUGGAUCCUCAGUUAGCAACGUCAUCACACCAAGCUUUGUUCCUUAGCCUGAUGUUCAAGGCUUUGAAGAAAGAUGAGGAUGUCCACAGAGUCAGAGUGUUUGUUAAAAGAUUGUUCCAAAUUUGUGGUUAUUUGCCAGUGUCACUUGUGUGUGGAAUACUGUACAUGGUCUCACAGCUGGCCCAUAUGAAGGAAGGCCUUCUAGCACUCAGUAUAGUGCAUGCAGGCUACACUGAUGAUGAUCAGGGUGAGGAGCAUUAUGAGGACAUAAAGCUUGAGGAGCCUGAAGAGCUUGAAAUUUCGCAAGGUGGGGUUCAUUAUGAAGAGAAGAACAAUGAGAGUGUCAGUGUCAUGGCUUCUAUUCCCACCUGGUUCCAUUGUGAGAAUGAAGGGUCCAGAAAUGGAAAGCAGAAAAAUGGGUCAGCAUAUAGUCCAUUUCAUAGGAACCCGUUGUUUGCUGGUGGGCAGUACUGUGCCUACACAGAACUUCUGAAACUGAGCCAGCACUUUCAUCCAACUAUCACACUGUUUGCAAACAAUAUCCUGCAAGGUGAAGUCAUUAAGUACUCUGGGGACCCUCUCCAAGAUUUCACUCUACCUAAGUUCCUUGAUCGAUUUGUUUUCAAAAAUCCAAAAAAGAAUAUCAAAGAAGAAGUUGUCAGAAACUCCAAGUUUUCACGUAAAAGAGCAUACAUACCUUCAGGCAUCAGGUCUUUGCGUGUUGACAGUGCCAGCUACCUUAAUGAAGAUGAAUCUAAAAUCCCAGUUGAUGAGCUCUUCAUGUACAGGUACUUACACAAGAAGGGGAAUUUAAGUCAUAUGAAAGAAGAGGAGGAUGGUGGAAGUGAUGCAUCUAGUGUAGCAAGUGAGGAAUUCCAUGAGAUGCUGGAUGGCUUGUUAGCUGGCAAAGAGAAGGAUCUUGACUUUGCUGAAGAUCUGGGAAGAUCUGCAUCUGAACAAGAUGAAGGUCCUGAAGACAUAAAUUAUGAUGAAGAAGAAGAACAUGAACAAGAAAGUGACUCAGAAGAGGAAGCAGACAUUCAGCAGGAAGCAUCUCUUUCUGGAGAUGAUAUCAUUAGUGAUAAUGAUUUAGAUGAAGAUGCUGAAUGUAUUGUCUUCAGUGAUUCAGAAAGUGAUGUGGACAUAAGUGGUAGCAACAAGGAGUCUGAGCCAAAAGGGAAGCAGAAGCAAAGGAUGGAAAAACACAAGAAGAAGGAUGGAAAGGGCAGUGAUGUUUUUAUGUCUGCUGAGGAAUUUUCGGAGAUGCUUGACAGUGUAGGAGCAUCUGGUCUAAAAUUGUCUGGAUCUUCUGCUCUUUCCAACAGAGAUAAUGCAGGGGAAAAGCAGUUGAAGUGGGAGACUGAACGUGAUUUCUGGUUCAACAGAGGAAAGAAGCAACCUGGGAAAAAUAACAAUAACAAGAGAAAGUGGAAUAGCCGAUCACAUGGAAAGUGGAAUGAAAAGACAGCUAAGAGAAGAAAGAAGAAGUGAUAGGAAGUGACAGAGUGUAACAUAUGCCUCUUAUGUUAAAACUUGUCAUUCCGUGUUGUUGAGAUCAUCAAAUGUGAAGUUAGAUAGGGAAACACAGGAGAAAAGUGUACUUAUAUAAUCUGAAAUAAAUCAGUGACUAUUUUAAAUGUC